CAUUUUGCCCCUCUCGAGAGCUCAGUUCCCGCAUCUUCCGCCGGUGGCAUUCACAGCUUCAACAGCUGGACACCACACAAGCUACACGGAUUCGGGAGCUUGUGAACAGGGAGAAUUUCACCGCGUGACGCGCGGUCGAUCUGAGAAGACGGGGUAUAUAUAUUGGCCUUUGCUUGUCAUAUCUACCACAUCUACGCGCCAUUACUGCCCAGAGACCGAGUAAAUACGCUGGUCUGGCUCGUCAUACGCACAACUCGCACACGUCAUCUCAUAGGAUCCCAUGACUAUGGUACCCCUUUCACCCCACGGUUCACACAUAUUCGUGCGGGUGGAUCACGAUCCCGACAUGCAGAGGUUUCACGAUGCCAUUCGCAACCGGCGUCUACCAGAGAACAACUUCCAGAUACUACUCGAUCAAACUGCUUUCCUCGUGAAGGAACAAUCGUGGUUCGACCAGCAAUCUGGGAGAUGGUACAACGUGUGCAAGCGAUGUGGGGCAUCUUGCGGUCACAAUAUGUCACCGACCUGGCAGAUGCACCCUUGUGGAAGUCUCAAGAUUACGCUCCUCUGCGAGAUUCGUGGUGGACAACGUCGAGUCGCGGAUGGGGAGACAGCGCUUCUACAUCUGAAGCAAAGAGCCCUGCGUUUGCAGACCUAUGCUGCUUGGUUGCUAUGGGAUUUAGUCAGCGAGCAUCUCAUCGAGCUAUUCCUGCAGCACGACACGCAUGCCAUGGUCGACAUUGGCAUGUUGUUGGACGACAGGCUCAUCAGUCCUCGAGUGCUGAAUGCCGCGCCUAACCGAGAAGCCGUCCUAAGACAGGUCGCUAAGGAUGUACAAGAGUACGAAGACUCGGAGUGGUCCACGGAGUAGAAGGGUCGGGCGGACCCGAACGACCUGGACCGGAAUCGAAACAUCUGCACACUUCGACCUUGUAUGUUAUUCAAUUGUAUUAUAUGGGACGAUACGAUGAUUUGUCUGGUCCGUUGAGUAGGGCGGAAUCAGACUGAAUGAAAACU